AUGGCGACAAUCCUGGAUUCGACUGCCGCAUUUGCGGCGAGGGCCUUGGAGCAUGGCUUGACUGAGGGCCAAUCGCAGCGACUCCAGGGGCAAGGCAUCAACAGCCUAUCUCAACUUGCUUUCUCUUUGGCUACGCCUGGCACUGCGCCAGGAGACGAGGCUUUGAAGACCCUCUUGCAUGAUGAUCCAGAUCAGGUAACAGUUGGAGAGCUGGCGUCAAUACGUCAGCUCAUGUUCGACGCCCAAACCCUAUCCGCGGCACAAGUGAAGCAUGUGCUGGCAGGUAGUGAUGCAGCAAAAAAGGCCGAACUUGUCCCUGCAGAACGGGCGCAGCGCAUUCAGGCGCAACGUGAAAAACUUUCUGGCAUGGAACUUACUGGUCCGUAUGAGUGCAGCCACUCCUCAUACGAUUACGUUGCAAAAAUGAUCGAGAACAACGUGCCCUCGUAUUUGGAGCCUCAUCGGUUCACUACGCGGGCUGCAGAAGUCUCCAAGGAGAAGCCCGGUAAAGAGCUUGGAGUUGAUGGGCGACCCCCUUUAGAUGCAGCCAUUGAUGAGCUCCGGACUGACCCAAGUACAGUCUUCCACCUCAUGCCUCUACCCAUGAGCAAAGUUGCAGACAAACCAACCAAGCCAACUCCAACAAUCCGCAAAGACCAGUCGCCCAAGAGAACACCCAGCCACAACAAUGGCAAAGGCAAGGGCAAAGGGCGCUUCAAGAACCGUGGCAAAAUGCCAGUGGAGCUUGUCGGAUUAAACCAGACGCUGAAGUCUGGCAAGCGGAUAUCCUACAACUUUAACCUCAGUCGUGGUUGUACUUUCGCAGAAGCAGGAAAAGAUUGCAACAAGGGUUGCCAUGUGUGCAUGCCAUGUUUUGGCCCACAUCCGGUCUUUCUCAACACCUUGGAUCGCUACAUGACCUGCGCGAAGUUUGCUUUCACCGCUGCAUGUAUGGAGCGCCUCGGAAGAAGCACAAAAUUUCUGUGCAAUCAUCCAGCCUUUCACGCCUCGGCCCGACAGUGUGAUGGAGCACACCCACAUCUCCCUUGGGGCCAUACUGGAGCCCAAUGGGCUACUUCACUUGAAGUUGAAUACCCACAUGCGCUGUGCCACACCAUUGCUCAAGUUUGCCACCGCCUCUUGUUGGAGGUGGGCGUCGUUGAUGUGCCCACGCAAAUGCAGCAGGAUAACAAGUUGUCCUUGACCUCGUCCAGCCGAGCUGUCACAGGUCACUCCGCCCUUGCCAUGCUGCCACCUCAUUCCAAGCAUCUCAAGCCCCUGUUGUUGAUAGGGGAUGAAGAGGGCCUUGAGAAAUGGGAAGCCGAAUAUGGAAUAGCCUGGACACCUGCAGACUUUGUCAGAGAAGCAGCCGGACGUUCCCACCCAUGGGACACUUCAUGGAUGGUGUGCAUCCUGUUCUUGCAAACCUCUUUACCAGUGGGAAAGGCUCUUCACUGUGGUCCCAUGCCUGUGAUUGCACCGAGCAGAUGCGCAAGUGGCUACUCAGAGCACAGCAACUCAGUGCCGAUGGAGUUGGUCCAAGCUUCGGGCUCCCCUGACAAAGACUUGGCGCAUCAGAUCGCUCGAGGAUUUGACCUCAUGGGAACAAUUCCGACAGAAAACAGUUUCCCUCAAAAGUUGCUUCAUGCGACCCUUACUCCAGGCCAAGUUCGAGAGAUGUCCAGCAUAUCGAGGAAGGCGUACAAGAACCUUCCGCUGUCAAGUGAUGCAUUGGAUGAUGCCUACAUUUGUGUCCUUGAUCCUGUGUCGAUGGAGUCGCAGGCUUUUCAGAGCCAGGUCCUCCCCUUUGGUGCUCGUGCGGCGGUCAUGGGCUUUUGUCGUGUGUCGCAUGCCCUCUGGCACAUCGGUGUGGCCAUCUUCAAGCUGCACUGGACAGUCUUCUUUGACGACUUCUACCUGGUUUCUUCUGCUGCGGAAUCCAGGAUCCUCGGUGUCCAGAUUGAUUUGGCCGAAUCCCUCCUUGGAAAGUACACCGUUUGCAACGUGGAAACUCGGGUCAAAGACCUUGUGGCCAGCAUUGAUGGAAUUUUGGAAAGGCAGACACUUUCGACUGCGGAGAUGCGUGUUUUACGUGGAAGGCUGGUAUUUGCUGAGUCACAAAUUUUUGGCCGUGUAGCGGGUUUACACAUGCAACAACUUUCCAAGUACGAGCAUGCAGUUGGCGAUGCCUCACUGGACGACGAUGUUGUGGAGAGCCUCCAAUUUCUCAGGGAGCGCAUCGUUCUUGGGGGCCCCAGAACUGCCCUGGCAGAGACCGGUCGAGUCUUUCAUCUGUAUACAGAUGCUUGCUAUGAAGAUAGUGUUGGUGGUUUGGGAGCCGUUCUCUAUGACGGCCACGGCAACCUCAUGUCAUUUUACUCUGCCCAAGUAAACCGUGAUCAAGUUGCCCUUUUGAACCCUCUUGGAAAGGAGACGAUUAUCUUGGAUUUAGAGGCACUCGCUGUUCUGGUAGCCUGCGUAUCUCUUCUCCCGGCGGAAGGUGUCUUUCAGAAUGACCGCGUCGUCAUCUUUGUUGACAAUGAAGCUGUGCUUGCUCGACUUGUGUCAGGUCGCGGUGGUGGAAGCAUAGACAACCGUAUUUUUGGUGGUGUGUUGAACUGGGAGCAAGAAACCAGUGUGCUUGCUUGGUACGAGAGAGUGCCCAGUGCGGCUAAUGUGGCCGAUUCCCCGUCCCGGGGCAAUGUGUCCAAUCUUACCUUGCUGCUGCCGCUCUUUGCGCUCGAAGGCAACAUCCAGGAGCCUCACGAUCUCAUCUAUGACGUUCAAGAUAUGGCCGAUGAUUUGGCCGACAUGGACAUGGCCGUCGCUGAGCUUCCACUUCGCAUUGACGCUCAACAACUUCGAGAUUUCGAGCUUUUUGUCAACUUUUUCCAUUGGUUAGAUGUGGGGGCACUUGGCCACGUGCCGGUGCCCUAUUUGCGGCCCUUCCGCGCAUCUGUGAUUUGGUGCGUGUGCACGGGGGGCUGCUACUUUUCGUUCGUCGACUGCGCCGGCUGCCGACUCCGCGUGGUUGAGGGAGAGCUGAGGGACGAGGUGAGCCGUGUGGUGGUGGUGGGUGGCCUGCGGCAAGGCCAGUUGAGCAGAGGUGUAAUCUAUUAUGCAAAGAAGGUCGCCCUGGCGGGGGAGAUCACAGAA